UGCGCGCGCAUCGCUUCUGCCUGACCGAUAUGGCGGACGGGCAAUAGAGAAUGUUUAUCGUCUUUUCUAAAUCGAAAAGUAUCGGCAGUAUCCAAUGGCUUAAACCGAUUUUUAUGUAAAAAUUGUACAUUGUAAAUAGUUCUGUGUACAUAUAGUAAUAUAUUUGUGGUCGUUUUGUUUAGAAAUUGUGUGAAUAGUGUAUUAUUUUGAGUGUUUAUUCGGUUCAGUUCUCGACGCCGACAUAGUCUCAUAGUUUAAUUGUUGGUGUAAUGCUUCGAAAUUCAGCAAUAGUGUAAAUUAAAUAGUUAAAACAACCUUAGUAUCCCGCUUACUGUUUCGGUUUCAAUUAUACCUAAAGAGUUGCAGAAUUCGCAUUAUUUUGGUUUCCAUUAGCGGCUGUCAUAACUACACUAUAGCUGUCAUUUUAACAACAAAAGGAUCAUUGUAUGCUAGAAACUGAUGAUUAAAGAGACACUGCAAUUCGGAAUAAUAAUGCUGAGAUCCUGAAUCCUAAGCAACGCAAGCAAGAGCAUAUCAAAGAAUCUGAUAGACAUUUCUGUUUGAGAACAAUAAACUGAGAGUAGAACUGAAUGCUUGAACCUCACGGUAGCCCAAUGAAGUGGCCGGGCGCGGGGGUGGAAGAAGAAGCGGGAGAAGCAAGUUCCCGAGGGGGUGCGGCGCAGGCUCGCUCGCAGGACGAUGCCUCAGUGCACUACGUGUUCCAGCGCGAGCCUCAGGAGGAGCUGGCGGCGCUCGCUCCCAAACAGCGCUGGGCCGUGGGCGACGACGCUGCUGAGAACCAAGAUAAAUGGAAGAAUCAACCAAUGGCUAUGACUAAUAUGCACCCUCAAGUUGCUUCAAUUCAGAUGAAAAAUUCUCAACAAAAUCAAGCCCAAUAUAUUAACCACGGAAUAGUUUCAUCAGUUGGGUCUAUGCCCGUUAAUCAAUCAGUGAUUGGGAGCCACCCUGCUCAUAUUACCACAAAUAUGGUGCAUACCCAACUGGCACCAAUGCAAAACCAUGCUUUAGGUAACAACUUACAAAUGCAGUCUAUUCAAAGCAGUGCCAUGAUACUACCACAACUGCAAGGCUUACAAAACCCACAACAGCUGGGACAGCAGGGUCUGUACGAUGUGCACCAGCAUCACGGCAAUCCAAUGCAGGCCAUGAAUGGCAUGGGGAAAAGUGCUGAGCAUCUGAUGUAUCUGAAUCAAGCAGGCAUGCUUGCUCCCGGCACCAACCAAUUUCUGCAACAAGGCCAAAACCUGCGGAUGACUCAAGUAGCAGCAAUUGGAAAUCAGAUUGCGCCAUCUGCAAAAAAACUAUGGGAUAAAGGACCUGGCGCUGGAGGCGACAGUAAGGGUCCACCGCACCUCCCACCGCUGCAGCUCAACCCUGAACAAAUGUGGCGCGACCCCACAUGGUCUGCCCAAGCCGUGGAGCACAAUGUGGCCAUGAUGGGCACGCGGCGCGGGGUGGCGUUCCCCGGCGGCGACGCGGGCAGCAUCCUGUCCCCGCGCGACACGGCCGGCCUGGGCGUCAAGAUGGUCGAGUAUGUGCUCGGAGGAUCGCCGACAGAAGCAGGCGUGGCGGCGGCGGGCGGCGGCGAGAAGGUGGCGGGCGUGGUGGCGGGGCUGCGCGGCAUGGCGCUGGAGGAGCGGCCCGAGGACAAGGCCGCCUCGCCCUUCGAGAAGGACCUGCACGAGCUGCACGACCACGGCGCGCUGCCCAACGGCAUGCAUAAUGGACAGGAUGAUGACAAGGCUUUCAAUCGUUUGGCCUACAGCCGCACGCCGGGUUCGCGCCAGCCGUCGCCGGCCGAGGAGGAGGGCUGCGUGGUGCGCAACGGCGAGGCGGGCUUCCCGCUGCUGCCGCCGCACGCCAUGCCGGCGCCGCAGCCCGCGCCGCUGCACCACAUGCCGCAUCUGCAGCAUCCGCAGCACCACCCUGGAAUGCUGGGAGUUGCACCUCUGCAAGGACUCCCACACCCUCAACAUCCUCAAAUACAUCCAGGAAUGACCCUAAACGAUUCUAUGAACCAGCACAUUGAGCUAGUACUACAGAUGGAGCAACAUCCUCAGUUUGACAAUAACAGCUUUGCAAAUACACAACAGUACGGCGGCGGCGGCGUCGGAGGUGUCGGCGGCGGCGUGGGGUCGGUGGGCGGCGCGUCGGCGGGCGGCGUGGGCGCGGUGGGCGGCGGCGGCCUCGUCAACGGCGGCUCCGUCGUGCAGGCCGCGCCCGACUCCUCGCAACACCACCAGCCAUUCGAUGUACAGCAAUUGUUCCGGUCGCAACAAGCGGCGGCAGCGGGCGGGCCGGCGGCGGCGCAGCUGCAGCUGCUGCAACAACAGCAGCAGCAGCAGUUCCAGCUGCAGCAGCAGCUGGCGGCGCAGCAGGCCUUCACGCAGGCGCCCUACGUGAUCAACGCGGGGCAGGAGGGCGCGCCCUACGUGAGCGCGCUGAUCGCGGGCGUGCCGCCGUACUACGGCGUGGCGGCGCCGUGGGGCGUGUACCCGGGGCUGGUGGCGCAGGCCGCGCAGCAGUCGGCGCAGCAGCCGCGCCGCCCGCUCACGCCGCAGCAGGGCGAGCAGCAGGUGAACGGGCAGGGCCAGUACGUGAUCCCGUACUACGACCCCGGCUCGCUGGUGAUGGGCGGGCGCAACGGCACGCCGCUGCGGCUCGUGUCGCCCGGCGGCGUGCUGGCGCCGCGCCAGUACCCGCCCGCGCACGCCGCUCCCGCGCCGCAGCCGCAGCCCGCCGCCUCGCAGCACCAGACCGUCUCAGGCGCGCGGCGCGACUCGCUGGAGUUCGGGGCCGGCAGCCUGCAGGAGUACGCGCGCAAGUGGGGCCCCUCCCCGCUGUCGCCGCCGCUGGGCGCCGCGCUGGGCCCGGUGGGGCUGCGGCCCGUGUCCGCCGCGCCCGGCGCCGAGACCGCCAAGUACAGAGCUGUCAGCAGUUUAGCACAAGGUCUCACAUCGAAUGGAAUGUUCGGAUCCUCAUCUUCGUUACUAAGCAAACUCAGUGGAGUUGGAACGAUCUCAGAAUUAGUGGGUACGGGUGUGACGGGGGUGGGCGGCGCGAGCGCGGUGGGCGCGGUGGGCGCGCUGGCGGGCGACAAGCCGCCGGGCGGGCGCUCGCGGCUGCUCGAGGACUUCCGCAACAACCGCUUCCCGAACCUGCAGCUGCGCGACCUCGCCAACCACAUCGUCGAGUUCAGCCAGGACCAGCACGGCUCCAGGUUCAUCCAACAGAAAUUAGAAAGAGCAACAGUCCAAGAGAAACAAAUGGUAUUCAAUGAGAUAAUCGGCGCCGCGUACAGCCUCAUGACCGACGUGUUCGGGAACUAUGUCAUACAGAAAUUCUUCGAGUUCGGAACCACGGAGCAAAAGACGACGCUGGCGCAAAAGGUAAUUAUGGUUCGCGGGCACGUGCUGGCGCUGGCGCUGCAGAUGUACGGCUGCCGCGUGAUCCAGAAGGCGCUGGAGUCCAUCCCCGCCGAGCAGCAGCAGGAGGUGGUGCGCGAGCUCGACGGGCACGUGCUCAAGUGCGUCAAGGACCAGAACGGGAACCACGUGGUACAAAAAUGCAUAGAAUGCGUGGAGCCGACGGCGCUGCAGUUCAUAAUCAACGCGUUCGCGGGGCAGGUGUACGCGCUGUCCACGCACCCGUACGGCUGCCGCGUGAUCCAGCGCAUCCUCGAGCACUGCACGCCCGAGCAGACCGCGCCCGUGCUGCACGAGCUGCACGCGCACACCGAGCAGCUCAUACAGGACCAGUACGGCAACUACGUGGUGCAGCACGUGCUGGAGCACGGCGCGGGCGAGGACCGCGCGCGGCUGGUGGCGGCGGUGCGCGGCAAGGUGCUGCCGCUCAGCCAGCACAAGUUCGCCUCCAACGUGGUGGAGAAGUGCGUGUCGCACGCCUCGCGCUCCGAGCGCGCGCUGCUCAUCGACGAGCUGUGCGGCUUCAACGACAAUGCGCUACACGUGAUGAUGAAGGACCAGUACGCCAACUACGUGGUGCAGAAGAUGAUCGACGUGGCGGAGCCGACACAGCGCAAGGUGCUGAUGCACAAGAUCCGGCCGCACGUGGGCUCGCUGCGCAAGUACACGUACGGCAAGCACAUCAUCGCCAAGCUGGAGAAGUUCUUCAUGAAGGCGCCCGAGCUGGGCCCCAUCGGGCCGCCGCCGCCCGGCGCCGCGCUGUAGUCGCCGCGCCCUCUCUACACACCAUCUCCCCGCCUAUUAUAAAUUUUGUGAAUAUUUGCGAUUGUACAUUUGUAAGUAUAGAGAGCCGUGGCCUCGCCGCCCGCCGCCGCGCCGCCGCGAUCUCGUAGCGUAAGCCGGCCGCCCGCCGUGUAAAAUCUGACUAGAUGUAUUGUCGUGCACCCGCUGUAUCUCUGUAUCGUAAGCUCGUUUCGUAUUAAUUAAAUUAUAAUGUUAGUGUUAUUGUAUAUUUGUGGCGCGGACGGUGCGACGCAGGCGGGCGAGCAGGCGGCUGUACAUACGCGUAGCGACAGACUGAUGUACAGAACGAUUAACGUUAACAAUUAUUGUACAGCGUCGUCGACGACCGAUGCCGCGGCGUCGCGUCGCCGCGCCCGUCUCGGUAGACAAAUAAGUGUUCUAGUAUUAUUCGUUGUUCGUAUGAAUCUAUGUAUAAAUAUUUGAACGUCUCUCAUUCAACGUGUAAUUUAUGAAUCGAAGGGAAGGCAGCGGUCCGAAGAAGCCGUGCAUUUCCGUAAUUUAGCUCGUCGUAGAUUGAUUAACAAUUAGCUGGGCUAGGGGACCUUGAAUCUUGAAGUGAUGAAGGAAUGCCGCAGGCAGUUCUAGACAAUCGGCACUAUAGUCGUGAUUGUAUUAUUAUAAUUUUUUGUUUAUGUAAUUUUCUUCAGUCGAGCUCUCGUUUAAGUUAUAAAAACCGGCUUUAAUCGUACAUUAUGUCGAAUAUUGUGUAGUGCCGGAGUGUAUAGUUGCGAUUAUUUGAGGAGAUGAUAUUUUUGUAUAUUUUUAUAUUUAAGUUAUUUAGUUAUGUGAGCCUCCGGGAGCACCGGAGUGAGCGCUUAUCGAGUCGAGUGGGCGAUGCUUAUGUUGUAGUAGUUAGUAUUAGGUUAUAGUGAUGAUUGUAAAGUCCUGUACUGAUAGUCAUAGUCCCGAGGUCUGCCUUGCCGGUCGCACGUCACAAGCGUAGCUGCUCCUCAUUCCCCCUGUAAUUAAAUUUUAUAGGAAGCGUAGUUUCCUAUGACACCUCAGAUUUUUUACGUCUAGAUGUAAUUGAAAAUUAUUGUAUAUGGCUGUACAAAAACGUUAACAAAAAUGAUUUGUAAAACCUGUAUGUGAUGGAAUGAGUCGGGGCGUCGAGAGCGACGCAGCCCGCCGCUCUGGACGCCGGGUCUUGUAGGUUGUACUAGAUAACAUUUAUAUGAUGAUCCAUCUAUUUAGACAUUAAUUAUAAUAAAGCAUUUCUGUAAUAAUAUUACAAGAA